AUGGCCGAUCUUUUGAAAGGAGCGCAGUUGUUCCGCAACGACCCCAAGGGCACCCCAAAAGCCGCCAAUUCCGAGGAGCUUCGUGGCAAAGUUGUAGGCCUUUUCUUCGCCGCCAAGUGGAACCCAACCUGUGUUGAUUUCUUGCCCAUGUUGAACUGGUUCUACGACACUGCCAACAAGCAAAAGAAGGAGUUUGAAGUGGGUCAAAAAAUUGGCUUUUUUUGAAUCUUAAAAAUAUCGUUUCAGGUGGUCUUCGUCUCUCGCGAUCACAGCGAAAAUGAAAUGAAACAGUUUCUGAAGGAACAUCAAGGCCCUUGGUUGUACACACCAUAUGGCUGCAAGACUGUGAACAGUCUUUUCAGUCGAUACACCUUGAAACAGAUCCCUCAGCUGAUGAUCGUCCAAAAAGGUGGUACUCCGGUUGUGGACGAUGCUAUUGACACUUUAAAUGUGAGUUUAUACAAGUAUUUAAGGGGUCGGAAACUAUUCUAGACUAUACUCUUGAUGAUAGAAGCUUUGACUUGGGUUUUGACGAAAUGUCAAAAAAUAUAUUGGAUUUUUUCGGAUGUGAAAUUGGUUUUUAAGAAAGGUUAGCUGUAAAAUACGAUGAUUCAUGCUUUUUCCUGUAAGAAGAAAGCCUUAUUUCGAAAAUUUAUUGUGAAUUUUAGAUUUAGACGAAAUGUCACAAAAUUUAUUGAUUUUUUUCAUACGCGGAAUUAGGUUAAAAUUCAGUAGUACUUUGUAAAAUAGGAAUGAUGGUAGCUAUUUUACAUAUUUUUCAGACUCCAAAGAUCGUUCCGACCGAUGUUGUGGCCAAAUGGAGAAACUUGACCACCGAAUGA